CACCUCUGGCAGCGAUUCUGCUCCCUGAAGUCCCCAUCUGAGUGACACGGUGGCACCAUGGAGGCAUCUGGCCCUGUGGGAGCUAUCAUGGUGACUCUCCUCUGCUGCUGCCUCCUGAGCUCGGCGUGGGCUCUGGUUGAUCCUGAUGAUGUUCUCACCAAAGAAGAGCAGAUCUAUCUCCUGGUGGAGGCCAAGGAAAAGUGUCAGAGGGACAUAAAGGCUCAGCUGGAGAAGAUCAAAGACCCCAGCUGCCCUCCGGAGUGGGAUGGGAUCAUCUGCUGGCCAAGGGGCUCCCCCAGCCAGGAGGUGUCAGUGCCUUGCCCCGACUACAUCUACGACUUCAACCACAAAGGUCAUGCCUACAGGUACUGCAGUGCCUAUGGGACCUGGGCCAUGGCUCUCAGCAUCAACAAGACCUGGGCCAACUACACAGAGUGUGCCCUGCUCUUCUCCUCCGAGAGCCGGAGCCACCAGAAGGAGGUGUUUGACCGCCUGCACCUCAUGUACACCGUGGGCUACUCCAUCUCCCUGGCCUCCCUCAUCGUUGCUGUCUGCAUCCUCUCCUACUUCAAGCGCCUGCACUGCACACGGAAUUACAUCCACGUGCACCUCUUCACCUCCUUCAUCUGCCGGGCCCUCAGCAUCUUCCUGAAGGACAUGGUGCUCUACUCGGGCACGGCGCCCAGCGACGCCGACAGGAUGCGGGAGGACGAUUUCAGGGGUCCCUUGCCAGGACAACGGGGCCACCUGGUUGGCUGCAAGUUGGUGGUGACUCUCUUCCUCUAUUUUCUGGCCACCAACCACUACUGGAUCCUGGUGGAAGGUCUCUACCUGCACAGCCUGAUCUUCAUGGCCUUCCUCUCCAACAAGAACUACCUGUGGGUGCUCAUCAUCAUCGGCUGGGGUCUCCCUGCUGUGUUUGUGUCCAUCUGGGCCAGCGUCAGGGCCUCGCUGGCAGAUACACAGUGCUGGGACCUCAGUGCAGGGAACAUGAAGUGGAUUUAUCAGGUCCCCAUCCUGGCUGCAGUUGUGGUGAACUUCUUCCUCUUCCUCAACAUCGUCCGGGUGUUGGCCUCCAAGCUCUGGGAGACCACCACGGGCAAGCUGGACCCCCGGCAGCAGUACAGGAAGCUGCUCAAGUCCACGCUGGUGCUGAUGCCGCUUUUCGGAGUCCACUACGUGGUGUUCAUGGCCAUGCCCUACACCGAGGUCUCCGGGCUCCUGUGGCAGAUCCAGAUGCACUACGAGAUGCUCUUUAACUCCUCCCAGGGUUUCUUUGUGGCUUUUAUCUACUGCUUUUGCAAUGGGGAGGUGCAGGCCGAGAUCAAGAAGGCUCAUUUCCGGAGGCUCCUGGCGCUGCACCUGGGGCAGCAGGCGCGCCCCGGGAGCUGCUGCUGCGCCGGCCGAGGCUCCCAGGCCCCCCAAAGCUGCAGCACGAGCCUGGCGGGGCGGGGAGCGGGGGGCACCCGGGGGCUGCUGCUCCCGGCCCGGCCCCCCCUGCCCUGUCCCCAGGAGCUGAGCCAGAGAGCCCGGGGGGAGCACACGGUGGAUUUGACAGAGCUCACUCAGUGUCAGCCCAAGCCAUACAAGGAGCUGGAGACCAUGCUGUGAAGCAGAGGGUGGAUUUCCCACCUGGGCAUGCAGAUGUGCUGAUCCUCAGGCUUCGGGCUCUGCUUACACUGGCACGGAGAGCCAGGGCUGGGACAGCAGCCGGAACAACCCAGCUCCCUUUCCGCCGCAGCCAGGGUGCAAAGGGACCACGUACUCUCACUCCUCCUCCACCCCGGCCCAAAAACAAGCCAUAAAACCUCAUUCUCCUCCACGUGCAAGUGACUGACGUGAUCCCUGUGCUUGCAAAGCCUUGAGUCUUCAGCAGGAGACACCGCCGUGCUCGCUCCUGCCCCCACAAGUGGGAGGUGACUUCUCCAGGGCGGUCAAAGCCCAUCCCAUGAGCCCGAUCCUGCCUCGGACUCCCCCACCCCGCACCAGCUCCGGCCGGGGGAGCACAGAGUGCCCGUGGGGCUGUUCUGCAGCCCACCCUGCCCUUCCUCGUCCUCUGCAGCUCGGGGAUGGAGUGAACACCAACACACAACUACAAACUGGAGUGGGAGGCAGUGGGACAGGGUGGGAUGAAGGAGACAGGAUGAACUUUAUGCCUGGAAGGGUGCAGGGAACACUUGCAUCCCCAACACUUCAUCCAUUACCACAAAGGCCCCUGCAUGCAAGUGUCGUGGCCCUGUCAUCUCAUUGAAGGCUAAGAAGUGAAUAAAGAGAGUCUGUCUG